CUAAUUUCUCGGGAUGCUCCUUAUCAUGAGCUGGAACAUAAAUUCGGUCGGCCCCAGCAAAAAGAGAUAGUCCCAUUUACUAUCACCACUGAUCCGACCGUUAUUUUGAUAUAUAUCUGUUGUUGAAGGUGGCACAUUACCAAUGGAGCUGAAAGUGAUCCGGGACCCCGGCGACGCCCGCGUGGACAUUGUUUUCGUCCACGGCUGGCAUGGCGAGCAGCCCGGCUGGACCUCUGCCGCCAAAUCAGUGUUCUGGCCAGAGAAGCUCUUCGCGAGCAAGGUUUCCGAGGCGCGCGUGUUCUCAUUCGAGUACGAUGUCACUCUCGAAACGUUCUGGAACGAGGAAGACCUCAUCACCGAGCUUUCCAAUGAGCUGAUGGACCAGCUUAUGGAUCAACGCACCGAACCGGAGAAGGAGAAACGCGCUGUGAUUCUUGUAGCGCAUUGCCUUGGAGGGCUGAUCUGCGAGAAUGCGCUGGUUCGAGGAGCCGAGCACGACGACCGAAAAAGCCUCGUCAGCUGUGUCAAGGGGCUUCUUCUUCUCGGAACCCCACAUUACCGCCCGGAAGUGUUGAGUGAAGCAAACAAGUACUUCGAGCUAGCGGGUGAAGAGGCCCCGAGUGAGUUUGGCUUGGAGGAAAAGUCGGAGUGGGUGCUGGACAUCCCGCGCGAGUUCGCUAAGCUCCGUGCCGCCGGGCUGGAGAUGGAUAUCCAAUGUUUCUACGAGGGAUCCUCUACCGAUCUCAACGGGAAAGGGGUCAAGAUCGUGGAGAUGGCCUUGGCGCGGUGCCCCGACGGGCCUCCCGCAGAGCGGCUGGCAGCCAACCAUGUGAAGAUGAGCCAGUUUGAGGAUGAGAAUGAUCGCGACUUUGUCAAAGUACUGCGCGUCCUGAAGAAAUGGGUGGCCAAGGUUCCUGCCCCCGAGAAGGAUGGAGGCACUACAGUCAACAAUGUCUCUCACGCCUCCUUUGCGGGAUCGACGAACUCGGGGUACCAGUUGGGUCAGAAUGUUGGUAACCAAAGUGGGUUCGUUUUUGGAAGAGCAUAGUGGUGGAGUUGCUAUCAUGCGAUGUUAUGAAGAUGAUGAAAUCGAGCUUUGAAGCUUUCUGGAAUGAUGAUAUCGUGCAUCCAGUGCUGUUGUGUUACCUUGGAAUUGUUCAGGCUGUGGGCGAGUAAGCAGGGUAGACGCAGUCGGGGGUGCGGAACCCCAGUUGGCGUAAGGCAUGAAGUCUCGCGGCGGAGUUGAUGCCCAGAAUAGAGUUU